AUGCCUCGAGGCAAAGCCAAACGCCAAGGAAGACCCCCGAAACUGUCGUCUGGCGACAAGCAACAACUGUUUCGUCACGCGCUGUUGUCCGUGACUGCUCGAUGCAUUCACCAGCAACUUUUGAGCCAUCUGAACCUUAGCUACGUCAAGAGCCAGACCACACGGCAUCUCACAAAGGAAGUCUUCUCGAAGCGUCAAGGUGGUGGUGGUGGUGUGAUGGUCUGGGCGGCGUUUUCGGCAAGCAUGUAA